GUAAGGCACCUGGGGGCAACAAGACUUUGGGCAAGCGUGGCAGCCUCAGCAUGUCUGCCUCGGCAUCCUAUUGCGAGGCGUCUCUUCCCACUGUCGUUUCCAAUUGCUCUCUUUUUUUUCUUUUUUUCUCGUUUGUUUCCAUUCGUCAUGUUUAUUGACCACCUGGCUGCCGCACAUGCCGCGGUCACAAUCAACUUAAGUGGAGGAAUUGGACAUAAACCAAGCAGCGCAGAACCUUGCAACUGUUUGAGCCUCAACUCAAUUAUCUCUACAACAUGACGCCCAUUCUUUCUCUUCUAGAUGAGGUUCUGACCGCGGUCGCCGCCAAUACUCUGUCGCUUUCAGACCCUGCUGCUUCGGCACAGACAAAAACACUGGAUGUACUCCAUCGCCGACCCCGCGCUCUUUAUGCCGCCGCUGCCCCUGACUCCACGGCGGUGAGACGAUGGCUCUUCUACUCGGCCGAGAAUGGAUUUCUCGAGUCAAUUUUCGCCACUUAUUGGCCCCAUGGAGUGAAUCAGAAUCCCAUCUACGUGUCUCCCGGUCCUGGAGACCGCCUCCACCCUGCGCUCGCAGCCCAGGAGCGACGGCCGGGAAGACAGCCACUGAUUGAUCGCAAGCUUGGUCUCGAGACGAUUGAGGUCACCCUCAGAGAAACCGAGUCGAACAAAAAUUGAGCGAUUUAAUCGCGCUCUUCUCUCCACUUGCAAUAUUCUGUCGCAUGCACUCUUUGCUACGAGAUUUUCGGACGCCUUGAUGCUCCUGGAGUUGGAUCUUACCUUGGCUACAUCAGAACGGGGCCGUUUCAAUCCGUCCAGGCUCUGUCCCCUCACCGCUCUCCCCUACUUGAGCUAGGAUGAACAGACUGCAGCUAUUACCCCCUUGACGGGCGACACCUCGGCGAAGCACCUCUCCAAAACAUGAGUAACCAUUCGGAGGCGCGGCAAGUCACGGACGAACUAGGAGCAUCAUGAGCAAUUAUUUGUAAUCUUAUUGAUUACAACUACCAGAAAAGAUCUGAU